AAAAACCCUAACAUUUUCACAGAUCUGAAAGCCUAAUUGUUCUCGGGUGAAGUCUUGCUCAAGCUCACAGCCACUACUUCUCAAUUCAAGUUAAAAGCUUUUAAUUUAACUGCUAUAGGUGGAUUUUGGGAAAAAUUCAUGUGCUGAGUUGAAUGGGCACUGUUGAAUCUGGUUUAGCAAUUUAUACCAAAGCUGUAAGGUACUCUGUUCUGAUUGGGGCUUUCUGAGCGGUAAUUAAGAAAUGGGUGAAAAGUUUUGGACAAAUGAGGAAGAUAAGGCUAAGGUGGAAUCUGUUUUGGGUACUGAAGCCUGUGAUUACUUGAUAGUGUUGGCUGCUAAGAACGUGCUGUCAGAUCUCGUCUCUCCACCGCCCAGUUAUUUGGGUGUGCAACAAAAGCUUUGCGAGGUCUUAGAGAGGUCGAAUUGGAACUAUGGGAUUUACUGGCAAGUGUCGAGCUUGAAAUCUGGUGGAACGAUCUUGAUUUGGGGUGACGGACAUUGCCGGGAUCCUAAGCUUGGUGGAGCUGGUGCCGAUGUCAGAUCAGAAGGGGUUGAGAAGAUAAAUGAGGUGAGAAUGCAGGUACUUCAGAUGCUUCAUGUAGGCUUUGGUGGGUCAGAGGAGGAUGGCUAUGUUGCUAAGUUGGAUGGCAUAUCAGAUAUGGAGAUGUUUUAUUUCACUUCAAGGUACUUUAAAUUUCAUUGUGAUACACCGUAUGGUCCUGGAGAAUCCUACAAGUCAAGCAAAUUAAUUUGGACCUCGGAUUUGAAUUCUUGUUCAAAUCAUUAUCAAUGGAGAUCAUUUUUAGCCAGAUCUGCUGGACUGCAAACAGUGGUGUUUGUACCUGUGAAGUCUGGGGUGGUGGAGCUCGGUUCCUUUAAGUUGAUUCCUGAAGAGCAGAAUAUUGUGGAGAUGGUGAGUACUGUGUUUCGUGGAUCCAGUUCUGUGCAGACGAAAACAAUUCCAAAGAUAUUUGGACAUGAACUAAGUUUGGGUGGUUCAAAGUCUCAGUCGAUUAGUAUUAACUUCUCUCCGAAAACGGAAGAUGAGUCGGGCUUUGUGUUGGAAUCUUAUGAUGUUCAAUCGCUAGGUCCCAAUCAACUUUAUGGUAAUUCCUCUAAUGGAUGUCAAAGUGAAGGCGAUGCAAAGUUGUUCCCACAGUUACUUGUUGGAGGUCUGAAUGCACAAGCAAGAAUAUCUGGUAUGGGGCAUACUAAAGAUGACUCACCAUCUUUACCUGAUGAACGAAAACCAAGGAAGAGGGGAAGGAAGCCGGCCAAUGGGAGAGAAGAACCAUUGAAUCAUGUUGAAGCAGAGCGACAGAGGCGGGAAAAGCUUAACCAGCGAUUCUAUGCGUUAAGGGCCAUUGUCCCUAAUAUCUCUAAGAUGGACAAGGCCUCUCUGCUUGGUGAUGCCAUUACCUAUAUCACAGACCUCCAGAUGAAGAUUAGGGUGUUGGAAACUGAAAAAGAUACAGUAAACCAUCCACAAAAGCAGUUGCCGAUGCCUGAUGUAGAUUUCCAGCAAAGGCACGAAGAUGCAGUUGUGACAAUGCGCUACCCUUUGGAUGCUCACCCGGUCUCUAGAGUCUUAAAAGCUUUGAAGGAAAAUCAAAUUACAGCACAUGAAUCUGACGUUUCAACAAGUGAUAAUGACAAGAUUGUUCACACCUUCACCAUUGGAGCCCCAAGUGGUGGUGCCGAACUACUGAAGGAGAAACUGAUGGAGGCUUUAUCUAAAUGACAAACAGGUAUCAGUUGUAUCGUUAAUGUACAUCUAAGCGAAUGCUGUGCAUCGAAUUAUAGGAAAAUGGGAUUUCUGCAGUGACUAACAGAUUAGUGACCAUUGCAUUCGUUUCUAUGAAUGAUAUGUACCCUGGUACUUUUAAAUGAUGUGUACCCCCAAAGUGCAUGGUUUAGAUGCACGACAGGGGAAAUCUUUAGCUUGUACCUCAUGUUAAAGACACUUGCGAUUAGAAAAUUCCAUAAAGGGCCGUGGCUUACUUGGCAAGUUGCAAUCUUUUAAUUGAAGAGUUGAUUACUUUCA